AACCACGGGCUACCCCCUCUGAUAUUUUAUCGUUCAGCUAACACCGAAGAAGAAGAAGAAGGAGAAGAAGAAAACUCGGAAAUUUUCCGAUUCCUUUUUAUUUUUCCCGAAAAUCAUUAUUUAUUAUCAUCAUUAUUAUUGUUUUUUAAUUUUUAAUUUUCGCCCCCUCCUCCGAUAAACCGAUGAGCAAUGCCGCAAGAGCCCCCGACGCGAUCGAAACGAAACCGAAGGAGGUUUUCGGAAGCCGGAAUUCCUGCUGAUGAUUUGAGUAAUUAAUAUCGCGCGAGAUCCUGUCGUGUUCUUCCGGUUUGUUUGUUUUUGGUUCGGUUUUUUUUUUUUUUUUUUGGGUUUCCUCCUCCGGGUUCGAGCGGUCAACGACAAAAAAAGAAACGAUGUCGUCGCCGGCAAUUUCCGGGAUACUGGAGAGCUCGAAGGAGCUCGAUCGGCUGAAGAAGGACCAGGAGGACGUGCUCGGGGAAAUCAACAAAAUGCACAAGAAGCUUCAAACUACCCCUGAGAUGGUGGAGAAGACUGGUGAUAACUCUCUGUUAAGGUUGAGAUCCUUGUAUACUCGUGCUAAAGAGCUUUCAGAUCGUGAAGUGACGGUUUCUAACACGUUGCUGACUCAACUGGAUGCACUGCUACCAUCUGGACCUCCUGGGCAACCACGAAGGAAAAUAGAUAGUAAUGAUCAGAAGCGAAAACGGAUGAAGAGUGAUUCGGAAAUCUCUAGGAUGUCUUCUUCCAGAAGCCAACUUGAGUUUUAUGCUAGUUUGAAAGGCCAACAGGUGGCGGCUAGGGUUAAAGAAGAUGCUGAUAAGGAUGAGUGGUUCAUUGUGAAAGUGACAAACUUUGACCGAGAGACAAAAGAAUUUGAGGUAUUAGAUGAGGAGCCAGGUGAUGACGAAGAAGGUGGAGGUCAAAGAAAAUACAAUGUCCCGGUGUCUCAUGUUAUUCCUUUCCCCAAGCAACAUGAGUCAUCUAGUGCUGAAGAUUUCUCCUCAGGAAGUCAUGUUUUGGCUGUUUAUCCUGGGACAACUGCACUAUAUAAAGCAACAGUCGUGAAUUCCAGAAAGAGGAAGACAGAUGAUUACGUGCUAGAGUUUGAUGACGACGAAGAAGACGGGGCCAUGCCUCAAAGGACCGUACGCUUCUUCCACGUGGUUCCACUGCCCGAAGGACAUCGUCAGUGAGUGCUCAUGAAAAAAGCUGUAUAAUAUUUCAUAAGAUAGUAUGUAGCCUCGCGUGAAUAAACUAGAGUGGUGUAGUUACCACUCUGCUUUUGUUUUAGAAACCCCUUUGAAAUGUAGCAUCGCGUGGGUUACUCUGUGUUAUGUAGUGAGUUGGAUAGCGCUGCUUGACGAGUGGAAUGGGUAGGAAUGAUGGCCACUCGCUCGUCUUAGUCACGCAAUAAUAAAGUUAGCCACUUCCCACAUCCCCUUUGUCCAAUUCGUUGAGUUAUAGUCUUCAAAGGAUGGUCAGAGGAAGACGAACUAUUCGAGCCGUGUUCUUGUAUCGCGUAAAGAGUUCCAUGGGCAGCACGAUGUUUACUCUUAACUCUUCCUGUCGAGUGUAUGACGAGGUGUGAAUCCAGAUUGAUUAGGGAGUAAUCAUCAUUAUGUGGAGAGUUUGUCAUCUGUCUGUACUUUUAAUCAACUUAGAGGCGGUGAUGUAAUUUGGGACGGUACUUUGAUUAGUCGAAGCUUUUCACGUGAGUA